CCGCCCACCUUUCAAGCAGCGCGGCGGCGGCGAAAGAUGGCGGCCUCUGUGGUUCUAGAACGGAGCUUUACCGAACUGAGCGCGACCGAGCGGGAAGUCAGGAGGAAUUACCGGGACCUCAGCUUUCGCCCCGACGUCACUCCUGUGAUUGGUGGCCCCAAAUACAGCGAGAGCGCCGGGGGUUAUUACUACAAGGAAAGCAGCAGUCUUCUGUCCGCCACAAGGAAUCGCUUCUUGUACUGGACGUCUCAUGCUGACACUUUAGAACUGGUGGAGGAGUCUUUGGAUGUUAACCUUCUGAAUAAUGCCAUCCGCCUCAAAAUCUUCAACUGCUCCAUCCUGCCCGGCGGGGUCCACGUGUGUGAGACACAGUGUAACGUGAUCAUCUUGAUCCUGACAAAUCAGACUGUUCACCGGCUGGUCCUCCCUCACCCCUCACGUUUAUAUAGAAGUGAGAUAAUUACGGAAAGUCAGAUGCAGUCCAUAUUUACAGAUGUCGGGAAGAUGAACUAUAGCGACCCUGCUAACAGUUAUGUCAUCCCUCCAUUGCCUGGACGUUUCCAGAGCUCCACUGCCACCGCAGCCUGGCUGAGCAGUGAGGGGGAGACGCUCUUUGCUUUUCCCUCCAGUUCUGGCGGUAUUCUGGUUGUCAAGAUGCCUCCUUGUGGUGUUGCAGGAGCGGUGACUGUGGUGGAGUUAAAGCAAAUGUCAGUCAGGAGACUGUUAACUGGGUUUAUACCAACAGCUAUAAGAGGAGACCAGGACCCUGCACAUCUUCCUGUGAGCCUCGCUGUUCACUGCCUCGAGAACGACGCGUUCAUAUUUGCAUUGUGUCAGGAUCAUAAACUCCGCAUGUGGUCUUACAAGGACCAGACGUGCCUUAUGGAAUCAGACAUGCUGGAGUUUGUGCCAGUUAGCAAAGAAAUGCGUCAGAUCCCGGGAAUCGGGCACAAAUUAAGACUUGCGCACUCACCAUCUAUAGGACUUUACCUUGGAGUGUACUUGCAUUCAUCCAGACAAGGACAGUUCUGUGUGUUCCAGUUGGUUACUGCGGACAGCAAUCGCUACAGCUUGGAUCACAUCUCUUCCUUAUUCUCAAACCAGGAAACCUUGGUCGACUUCAUGUUUACUUUGACAACCACAGACAUUUGGGCUUUGUGGCUUGAUGAGGAAAAUCAAACCAUUGUCAAACACAUUAAUUUUGAAAAUAAUCAAGCCGGGCAAUGGAACCAAGUUUUCACCAAUCCAUUGGCAGACGAAGAACUUAACAUUGGGGAUGACCAAGACCCACGGGAGUCUUACCUGGAGUAUUUGUUCUCUCCGGGGAGAUUUACCAUUGCUGCUCUACUUAAAGCACUACAGCCGUCCACCGUCUCACACCCGAGUGUGGUCCUGGACCGUGGCAGCUCAAGAAGAAUGAAUGAAAUGCUAUACAAUUCUGAAAAAAGGAGAAGAGCAAUGACAUUUCAUGGAUUACUGAAACCCACUGAGCUUUGA